AGGGUGCAUGGACCGCAUUGGAAAAGGGGAGCCUUGGAGGCCCUUCUCUGAACCCCUUUUCCCAGGAGAGUGAAGGGGCUACCUAGCCAGCAUCAUCCGUGCCUUCCCCAGGCCUGGGGCUGUGCCAGGCCAGUGUCCUGCUUCCUUGUGAGACCUGGGCAGGCAAGAGAUCUUUCCCAGGCCAGCUCCUCGCUCACUCCCACGGUUUCUCUCAGGGAGCCCCUGCUGCUGGGCACCAUGACAGUGAGGGGGGCCGCCCUGGCCCCAGAUCCAGUGUCGCCCACGAUGGCGGCAGCCUCGCCCAGCGUCUCCGAAGUCCCCGAGGGCAGCCCCACAGCCAUGGAACAGCCCGUGUUCCUGAUGACAACGGCCGCGCAGGCCAUCUCCGGUUUCUUUGUCUGGACGGCGCUGCUCAUCACCUGCCACCAGAUCUACAUGCACCUGCGCUGCUACAGCUGCCCUAACGAGCAGCGCUACAUCGUGCGCAUCCUCUUCAUCGUGCCCAUCUACGCCUUCGACUCCUGGCUCAGCCUCCUCUUCUUCACCAACGACCAGUACUACGUGUACUUCGGCACCGUGCGCGACUGCUACGAGGCCUUGGUCAUCUACAACUUCCUGAGCCUGUGCUAUGAGUACCUCGGGGGAGAAAGUUCCAUCAUGUCCGAGAUCCGGGGGAAGCCCAUCGAGUCCAGCUGUAUGUAUGGCACUUGCUGCCUCUGGGGAAAGACGUACUCCAUUGGGUUCCUGCGGUUCUGCAAGCAGGCCACCCUGCAGUUCUGCGUGGUGAAGCCGCUCAUGGCUGUCAGCACUGUGGUCCUCCAGGCCUUUGGCAAGUACCGGGACGGUGACUUUGACGUCGCCAGCGGCUACCUGUACGUGACCAUCAUCUACAACGUCUCCGUCAGCCUGGCCCUCUACGCCCUCUUCCUCUUCUACUUCGCCACCAGGGAGCUGCUCAGCCCCUACAGCCCCGUCCUCAAGUUCUUCAUGGUCAAGUCUGUUAUCUUCCUCUCCUUCUGGCAAGGCCUGCUCCUGGCCAUCCUGGAGAAGUGCGGGGCCAUCCCCAAGAUCCACUCAGCCCGCGUGUCGGUGGGCGAGGGCACCGUGGCUGCCGGCUACCAGGACUUCAUCAUCUGCGUGGAGAUGUUCUUCGCGGCACUGGCCCUGCGGCACGCCUUCACCUACAAGGUCUAUGCUGACAAGAGGCUGGACGCGCAAGUGCCAACGUAUGGUCCUUACGGCCGCUGCGCCCCCAUGAAGAGCAUCUCCAGCAGCCUCAAGGAGACCAUGAACCCGCACGACAUUGUGCAGGACGCCAUCCACAACUUCUCGCCCGCCUACCAGCAGUACACGCAGCAGUCCACCCUGGAGCCCGGGCCCCCCUGGCACGGCGGUGCCCACGGCCUCUCACGCUCCCACAGCCUCAGUGGCGCCCGCGACACCGAGAAGACUCUCCUGCUCAGCUCUGAUGAUGAGUUCUAAGCGUGGCUGCUGCUGGGGAAGGAUUGGCACGUUGGCCCAGGGCAGGUGCGCCCCUCCGGCCUCAGGCCCAGGCCCGGAGGCGGGCUGCCAGGGCUUUGGCAUUGCCUUUAAUUUAUUGGACCAGAGCACUCACAUAUCGCUUCCAGAGGGACCUCCAGUCAUUGUCUGCCCAGAGGACAGGCCAGGCUCACCCCAAGCCUUCAGGAACAUUUCUACACGGCCACGCUGCACGCCCGGCGAGGAGCAGGGGUCACUGGGAGCCACUCCCAUGCCUGUGCGGCUCGGCUCGUCCUGGUGGCGGCGUGUUGGGACCAGCCGUGCCCCAGGCCCUGACGCUUGUGUUGCCGACCAGUGGC